AUGGAGCCUGAACUAGGCGGCAGAAGUGCUGCGGGUUCAUUACUGGGAGGAAUUGGAAGAUGGCGGGGGCUACUAGGGCUAUUUGAUAGGAAGACAUCUUUUUUCCCAAUUCAUCCUUCUCCUUCUGUUACUACCUUCUCAGAAGGCAUUUCUCCAUUCAGACCCCAGCCAAUUGAGAGCACUAGGUCUAGUGCUUAUAUCUCUGAUGAUUCGACCCUGCUGCAGAAAACCAAGACGCGAGUGCUGCUUCUCUUUGAGGAACUCCCAGAGUGGGCAAGGGAUAAUGAGUAUAUUCUCACCACUACCAAUUCUGACGAUGCCAUUGCUUUUUGUCUUUGCUUUCCAGGCAGGACGGUCUGUUACAUUCUUUCAACAGUUUACCAUCUAUUUUUAAACCAUUCGCAUGCAACUUGUCUCCUUUGCUCGAAGCUCGACUUCCUCGGAAUCCUUGAUGUCAUUGCAGGAAGUUUUACACCAGGACUCUGGUACACUUUUCCACGCGCUUCAUGCCAAUUGAAUGUUACAUGGAUUGCGGUAAGUAUCACUUCCAUAAUCACGUUUUGCUCUUCUAUCUAA